AUGAUUAAGAACGUUAAUUACACUUCUCGAACCGCUCCUUAUUUGUUCUGGGCAAUCAGUAAUGCCGCGGAUCUGGUUGGUGUGAUCACAAAUGAUGCUUCCGGAAACCAGAAAAGUUUCAUCUACCGGAUUUUCCUCUGUUCUGGUAAAAUUGUGGAUGCUUUGAGUCGGAAUGCGGAGCUCCCGUCAUUCAAAAGAACUCACACCAACAAAUUAAGAAAAGCGUUGUGCAUUGGUUUCAAAAAAUUCUUCCGUUGUUCAUUCACACGACAAUACCCAGAUGAUGAUAUCCGAGCUCUGUACGACAUAGUUAUCUCCAGCGGUCUAAAAAUGGAAAUAUCCCCAUUAUUAGAUGUGAAUGCAGCUUCAUUACUAGUACCAUAUAUGUCCUGUUCUACUGUUCUCGCGUCUUUUUCGAACUACCCCAGUUUCUAUUACUUCUACACAUUCGAAGUGAAAAAUGAUUUCAACUUGAAUAUGUCUGCCUUCGAUGUCAUGCUGUCAGUUUUGUUCAGUAAUAACUCACCACUUUCAUUCAAACGGGCAGUGCGUGAAUGCAUUCUUAACUUAUUAACUUAUGCUGAUGAAGAAGGCAUGAUUAUAAGAGAAACGGACAAAAUCAAGCUUAAGAAAGAUGUAAACUAUGGAUCAAGCAUAGUUCUUGGAAGUUUGGACCGUGUGCUGACUUACCUAUCUUUGAGUAUCCAAAAUGAUGUAGAAAAUAAGAGAAUUGAUCCUGAUAAUUUGACCAUCUUAAAUAAACUUUCCGAUUAUGUUCGAGGAGGAGAAGUUGCGGAGAAACUUGCAUUUACUCUCUUGGGUUAUCUGAAGGGCAAAAUUCCUAGUGAAAACAUGUGCUGUAAGAUGCUCCAAACAAUAGCACAUCUCGCGAGAGGAAUUGUGGAUUAUGAAAAAUUCAUAAAUUGCUUGUGUCCUCCCUAUACUCGCAUCCAAACGCCGAUCGGACGUGCUGCUCUCGCAAAUAUUUGUUUCGAGCUUACUCAGAAUCCAAAUGUUCCAGAAGACUUCCAAGAGUUGUUGCUACUCUGUUCCGAUUUGGAUAGUUUUGAUAAGAAAACUAUCGACGAACCUGAUUUCGAUAAGCGGCACGCAGCCUUUUCUAGGAUUUAUACGAUUUGUGAGAAUGAGGAAAAAGUAAAUCUUACACUUCUGAAGUUUGUGACUCAUGUAUGUCAUAAUACGCUUUACAAUACUAAAGAUUUAUCUUUACGAACCACUUCUGGAACUACGAUACGUGCCAUUUUCGGAUUGUUCAAGUUACCACAUGAAGAUGAGACAAGGAAACAGGAGCUGGUUAAUAACACACUGGUCUUCCUGACAGUGAGAGGCUUAAGUUCCGAGCAAGCGGUUGUUCGAGAUGAAUGCGUUCGAAACCUGCGUGUUCUUGUAAUAAGUUUCCCCGAACACCCAGAUUUGUGCGAGCUACAACAGCUCAUAGCGAAAAAUGCCGACGCUGAUUUCUUCAUGAACCUCUAUCAUAUUCAAGUCCAUAGACGUCAAAGAGCUUUGCGCAGUUUAAGUACGCAGCUAACAGAACAGAAGACUGUUACUUUGUCUUUCCGUGUUCUGAAUAUGUUCCUUGCUCCUAUAAUUGCACCAUACUUGUUGAAGAAUUCCGAAGAAGGAGAAUCCGAUACUAAAGUUGCUCUGAAGCUGUAUCGGUCCAUUUACACUUUAGCUCCGUGGAAAAGCUAUUGGCCAAUUUUCCGUAUGUGGCUUCUUCGCACAGAAAAAAUGGAAGACGAGAGAAAAUGCUAUGUUAGGGUUCUAGUUAACAUAAUCGAGGCUUUCCAUUUCGAUGUUGCUGACGCAAAGGAUGAAUUGAACCCUGACGGCAGUAAUGAAGAAGCUAUAACUAUAAGAUCAAUUCUGGAUGCCGAAAUAAUUCCUAGGUUGCAAUCUUGUAUCAACGGAAAAGGUGGUUCGGACGAUGUUCACAAAAAGGCUAGAAAUGGAGAAUCCGUAAUGCAGGCGGAGAAAGACGAUGUGAUCCGUACACCUGUUGCCCUAGCUACUGUGAAACUUCUUUUAAAGUUACCCAAGACCUAUCUUGACCAGUAUUUACAUGGAAUCAUUCUGAGGUUAUCUCACCUUAUGGUAGCUCGCUCAAUGGUAGUACGAAAACACGCAAGAGAAAACACACUUAAAGUUGUUGCGUGCUUGGGUCCUCAAUAUUUAUCACCAAUUAUCAAAGAAAUCAAGAUGAUUAUGAAUAAAGGAUACCAGAUUCAUGUGAUGGUUUUCACUGUUCAUGCGCUCAUCGAAUCAAUGAAAGAUAAUCUGUCAACAGGAGUUUUGGACAAUUGCUUAGAAGAAAUAAUGGAUUGCAUUGUGCAAGAUCAGUUUGGAGAUUUAUCAGAGGAAAAAGAAGUUGGAUCAAUUCGUGCGAAAACCUUCGAGGCGAAAGGAAACACAUCACCUUCGACAAUGUUUUACUUAGGAAAGUAUGCUUCACCUUCAGUUUUGGGACUAAUCAUCAAUAAGAUACGGAGUACAUUGGAGUGGAAAUGCACGAGGUUAGGAAUAACCCGCGCCGCUAAUCUACUUUCCAAGUUUGCGUUUGGAAUGAAACAUAAUUCCGGAGUGUCUAUUGAGACUCAACUCAUUCUUAUUCACAGCACAUUGACUGAGAACAUAGAGAAAAUGGAAAGAGUUGCUGAAUCGAAUAAAACUGAAUCAGUUUCGAGCAGAGUUAAACCUCAGAGCUGUUUAAUCAUUCCUGAGGCUCCAAGAAGAAUUGGUGCUAUAGCUAGAACGUCCAUCAAAAGCAAAGUACACGUAUUUGUCGAAUUUGCAUUACAACUUCUAGCAGUUUUGUUGAAAGAACACAAGCUUCGUGACUACAGUAAAUCCAAAUUGGAACCGUUUGUUCCUAUGAUACUUAGAUGUUUGAACCUAAAGUAUGAUCUGGUCAUAUCUCAUGGAUUAGACUGUCUGUAUCAUUUCCUCAAAUUGGGCCUGUCCAAUGUUGAUACAAGCAUGACUUCUAUCAUCGAAAGACUUUUUGUUCUGCUCUCCGAUUACGUUAACCUCGGAGAUGCUGCUAACCAGGCUUCAGUGUUACUUUUGAACAGCUACUUAUUCAAAUCUUUCACCAAAAUCAUAUUCCAAGGUUAUGAAAGUUGUUUCACGCGUAGUCAUGUGGAGCUAUUGUUGAAUUACAUCGAGACCGAUAUCAUGGAUUCGCAUAAACAGGCGACAGCUUUCUCACUCAUAAAAGCUAUGAUUAGUAGGAAGUUGAAGCAUUCCAGAAUUCCCGUAGUGAUGAGAAGGAUAAGUGAGUUGGCUAUCGUAGCAGAACUGCCAUUCAUCAGUAGACACAGCAGAGAAACCGUGUGUUUAUAUGUAUUUCAACAUCCAAGUUGCAACAAGAAUGAGUACUUGGAGUUCUUUGCGGAUCAACUGGAAUAUGAGCAUAGUGGGGGAAGAAAAAAUGCUGCUGAAACUUUGUACGCACUAUUUGAUGAGUUACUACCGCCUUCUCUGGAAGAUACGUAUAUGUAUUGUCUCACUAAAUUGGGGCUCCGUCUUGUGGACGAAACAGUUCCUGAAGUUCGAAAGUAUGUAUCGCAAACUCUUCGAAAAUUGUUAGAAGCGAUAAAUGAGACAAUGAGAAAUGAUGUAGUAGAAGUAGCAACGGAAUGGCUGCAACAAAGAAAGGAAGGAGCAAGAGCCAUAGGAUAUUCAAUCUUUGUCGAAUUGAGUCACGUUGAGAAAGUUAAUUUUGUAGCUCAUAUGGAUGUCCUUAUCCAAAAUAUAAUUAAAAUUCUGUCUUGUGAAGACGUUAUGGAUAUGAACAGUGAGAGAAGUUUAACAAACUUAAUGGACGGUCUAGUUAUCAUUAUGAAUAAUAUCGGUGUGGAGAACUGUAAGCGUUUAGUAGUCACAGAAGAUUUCUAUCGUAUAUUUGCUCAUCUGGAGCCUCUAGUUAAAUGUUUUGGUUCAACCGAUACUCGAAGAAGUGCAUGUGGUUUCAUUGGUAUGGCAUUAUCUAUAUGGGAAACCCCACUAAAAUUGCCAGUUAUGGACGGUCUUCCUACCGUUUUCCAACUAUGUGAUUGGAUGUGCUGGUUAAUCAAAGACAAUUUACCUAAUGAAGAUGUAUCAGAACAAGCUUCAAAAAAUAUUGUAUUUAUGGAGCCAUCGUUAGACAAAGAGAACUUUGAGACUAUUAUUGAAACUCUCCAUAAUGCAUGUCAGUUUGAAAUAAUGAAAAGGCAUACGGAGUCAAUAAAGCGUCAAAUUUGUUUCAAAAUCGCAGCUGCGCUGAUUAUGAAGCAUGGCGAGUUGAAUGAACGAACGGAGUUCAUUAUUAGUAAAUUCUUCCAUUUAUUCGUAAGAGAAUUAUGUGGAAAAUCUCAACUAACUACUAAAACUCUCGAGAAUUUAACCAUCGAAAUAGCAACAGUGCUACAGAAUUUACUGGGCGAACACGAAUAUAAUACGCGUUUCGCAGAAGCUUCUAAGGUAGCGGCGGAGAAGAAAGCAGAAAGAGUACAGAAGAUGAGGGAACUAGCUGUGACAAAUCCUGCCGAGUAUGCUGCAUUGAGGCAGCUGGAAACUCAAAAAAGUGUUCGCAGAAAGAAGAGGAAACUAGAUGCUUUGAAGCCCUACAGAAUCGCAAAAAGAAAAGCUGCUGAAGAGCGUAAUCUUCGUAGGGAUGAUUAG